AUGUCUUUGGUAUUCAUACACAUCGGCCAGUGUGGCAACCAGCUCGGUCAGGCAUUUUGGAAAGAGAUGGAAACCUUAUCGCAAACACCCACCGGCACCAGAACUCAGAAAAACAAGAAGAUUUCCAGCUAUUCGCAUGUAGGUCUACCAGCAGACAUAGCUGCUGCACAGCUCAUUACUCGACAUGUUCCCUACUCCCUUCCUGAUGGCUCUCUUCCAUGCAUUCUAGUGGACUCCGAGCCAAAAGUUGUGCAGGGAUGUGCACAAAUACUUGGUGAUACAAAAAUAUCGAAAGAAUUUGUGCUCAGUGAUAAGACUGGCAGAGGAAACAACUGGGCAUAUGGGUACAAUGGGAGAAAUUUAAAGAACCCGCAAGAUUUGUACGGGCCCGGAAACUUAGCUGAGUGUGUAAUGGAUGGAGUGAGGAGGACGGCCGAAAGAUGUGACCGUUUUACUGGCACUGUCCUAUUUCACAGCCUUUCUGGAGGAACUGGAUCAGGACUUGGCUCUGCACUGGUUGAGCGUCUACGCGAUGAAUACCCCCUGGCAUACCUCCUCUCCAUACUUGUAGCUCCCUUUGAGCAAGGAGAGACUCCAUUACAACACUACAACUCCCUCCUCUGUCUCUCCUGGGUGCAACGCUACUGUGAUGCUAUUCUGCUCCUACGGAAUGACUCCGUGCUGGAGCAGAUAAAGAGACAAGCAAGUGGGCAGGCAAUGACGAGAGGAGGACAUCAGUCCCUGGCAGAGAUGAACGCCAAUAUCUCAAAAUGUCUCGGUAGUGUAUUCUUACCACUGUGGAGUCCCAAUGCAGCAUAA